CCCUUCCCCGUUUGCUCGGUAAAUAUCAUCCCCUGCAAGUUGGCGUCAUUCGUUUCCUUCCGUUCAACAGUGUAACAUCCACUUUGUAACCACAACCAUUCGGCCGCAAAUUGUCCACGAUGACGUUCGAGUACAUCGACAUCGAAGAUCCCGUCUUUAAGGCUACCUGUCGCGAACGUAACGAGGAAGACUACGUGCUCGUGCGCUGCAACGACUACGCCAACGUACCGAUCAACCUUCCCAACUGGACGCCGGACCCGGUCUGCCUGUCGCGGCGCUUCGAGCAGAUAGGACAAACGAUCAAGGACAUGGAGGUACGACCGGAUGACGUGUGGAUAGUAACGUACCCCAAGAGCGGCACCACCUGGACCCAGGAACUGAUCUGGCUCGUCUGCAAUGGGCUCGACUUCCAGCAAGCGAAAGACGUCCCGCUUGAUGCACGCUUUCCCUUCAUUGACCUCUCCGGACUGCGCGACCUUCCGGAACCGUUCAAUCCGUUGCGCGAUGCACUCGCAAUGUCCUCGCCGCGCUUCAUCAAAACACACCUGCCGCCAGCCUUCCUACCGAACGCACUGUGGACCGUUCGCCCCAAGCUUGUGUACGUGCGCCGGAAUCCCAAAUCGGUUGCCGUCUCCUACUACCACCAUUCCGUCUCCCUGCACUGCUACCGAGGCUCUCUGGACCAGUUCGUGCGCUCGAUGAUGAACGAGCUGGUGUACUAUUCACCGUACCACAAGCAUCUGAUCGAGUACAGUGAGCUGCGCUACCCGAACAUGCUGUCGCUGUGCUUCGAGGACAUGAAGCGUGAUCUGCCCGGUGCCAUUCGGCAGGUUUGCCGCUUUUUCGACAAAUCGUACACGGAGGAGCAGCUGGCAGCGCUCGCCCACCAUCUCGACUUUGGCCAGAUGCGUCAAAAUACGGCCGUCAAUCGCAGACAGUGGGUCGAGUACAAUCUCCAGCAAACGAACCGGCCGGACCGGGUGAACGACAACGACAUGCAGUUCAUCCGGCGCGGUGAGACGGACGGCUGGAAGCGGGAGCUGUCGGGCGAGCUGAUCGAGGCGCUCGAUCGCUGGACGUUGGACAGGGUCCCCAAGGAUAGCAAAUAUGCGAUCCUGUUUCAAUGACUUUGAAGGGAUAAACAUAUGUAAAAAAUCAAUUCUAAAUUAUAAUUGGCAAUGUUUGGUUAUUAAAUAAAUCACAUUAAACCUAAAAAAAUCCA